AUGUCUACCACUUCAACCCUCAGCUCUGGCGCUGAAAAGUUGGAUGCCUGGACUCGUCGAUCCCAAGUCAAAGUUGAAAUUGAUCUGGCAGGACAAAAGCCUGGUCAUGUCAAUUCUUAUACCACCGCAGACAACAUUGAUGGCACAGUGACCAUUUCUGUUGAACAUGAAACGCGGUUUGAUGAGAUUGAGAUUGUGUUCGAAGGCACUUCCCGAACUACAGUGGAACGAGCAUCAUGCCCUGGCCGCACGGGAUCACAACAGAUGUUUCUGAAGUUGCGCCAGCCAAUUGAGGAUAUCGAGUAUCCAACCCCUCGAGUGUUGGAAAGUGGUCGUUCAUAUCAAUUCCCCUUCACAUUCGUCGUUCCAGACCGUCUGUUGCCCCAGGUCUGCACCCACGCCAAGCAGAAUGCUCACGUUCAACGCUCUCACACCAUGCUUCCACCUACCUUGGGCGAUCCCAUGCUUGCAAGUAACGGCAAGACCCUGCUAGACGAUAUGGCCCCCGAGAUGUCACAAAUUGCGUAUAUCAUUCGAGCAUCUGUUCACCAAAAACAACUCGCCGGUCACGGAGUGAAGUCCAUCGCCGCCAUUGCCAAGAAAGUUCGCAUCAUCCCAUUCGUUGAAGAGGAGCCUCCAGUCGACAUCACCGGAAACUCGUCUCUCUGCAUGCGCAAGGAAAAGAGCGUCAAGCGCGGAACGCUACGAAGCACGCUGGGCCGACUCGUCGCCUCAACAUCCCAGCCCAAGCCUAUCCAGUUGCUUCCUCCAACCUGCGAGCCAUCCGAUACUGUAAGCACCGUGGCAACUGUGAAUCUGCGAUUCGAUCCCGUCAAAAACGAGCAGCCACCGCCGCUAGGCUCAAUGACCAGCAAACUUCGCGCAAGCACAUUUUACAGCGCCUCCCCAUGGGAUGACUUCCCCUGCUCAACAGGCGUCCCCUUCGCACAAGUCGGCCGCGGUCUAUACACAGAAAACGUGCCCUUAUCAACAAUGUGUGUCGCCUCAGCCCAGUGGACCAAACAAUCAGCAUCCAACGACACUCGCCGUGACUCCACCUCAUCAACGUCAUCCGACUCAUCGACAGGCCCGUCCUCCGCCUUCAUUGGAGAUACCUACUACACAGCUUCGAUUGUCAUUCCCGUCACCCUCCCAAAGAGCAAGGCCUUUGUCCCAACCUUCCAUUCCUGCCUCAUGUCCCGCACCUACUCGCUCGACCUCGCAUUAACAUACCACACCCCGGCCGCAAACAUCAUGACGCCAACAAUCUCCCUCCGCGUCCCGAUCCAAUUCGCCAGCCAAACAAAAUACGCCGAAUCCCUCAAAUCAUCCCUCGGUGUCACAGUCACACAAGAAGAACUGGAUGAAUUCUUCCACCCUCGCAACGUGACUUCCCCCUCCGACUUCUCCAGUCCUGUCAGCGAUGUGGUCAUGGACUUUGCUCCGCCUGGGUACUCGGAAACAAUGGGUUCCGUUACAGCCGGUCGUUGA